AGUUGAUGUUAACGUUGUCAUAAAUCUUUGUCAAAGACACGUUUUGGGUUUGCUUAAGAUUUUCAAACAAUUCCGAUUUAAUAGAACAAGAGGCCUACACUAUGCAAUUGCCACUUCUCUGGCUCAUACACACCAGCUGCUCUUUCUCCACCCAAUUGACUCUGCUGACAUGCAGCGUCACUGCAAAGGCCAAACUGAUCGUAACCGACCGGUCUUCAUUCCUGAAGUCACAUCAUUACAGGCGCAUGGCGUGGCGCAAUCCAUCCCUCAACAAAAUCACAGUUGAAUACCAGUUCUGGCUCCAUAGACUGCAGCUGUAGGGCUCUUUGUUCCUGUUCACAGCCCUGAGCAGUCGACUUCCCAACUGUAGGAUGUUGUUGUGGCACCACGGCCACCUUACAUUAAAAGACAAACUUUGAUAUCUGCGUGGACAUAGGAGCACAUCAGCCCAACCAUGAGGGACAGACUGAGCAAACUGCAGGAAAUUUCCAGCGAACCCGUGGAGCAUAUGGAGAUGGAGAUGGAGUACGCGGAGUCCACUGUCUCCGAGUCCUUCAGUAACGUGGACCUGGAGGAGGAGUUGACGCAUGAGGCUGUGGUGUUUGACAACAGCCCCGCUCUGGAUGAGGUCUUUUCCCAGUCGCAGGACAUCCAUAGAGAGGUCCAGCUCAUCCGACUGGAUAUCAAAAGGCUUCGCGAGCAUAACUCCCGCAUGGUCGGUGGGGUCACCACCAUGAGCACUAUCAAAAGGGACUCAAACGCUAUUGGUGCUGACAUAAAGUCUCGAGCUGAGGAGGUGCUGGCACGCCUGCAGGUCAUGGAAGGCAAGGCACAAAAGCUUGAUGAAGAAUAUGGCUCACAUUCUGCUGUAACACGAAUUGCAAGAACCCAGUAUGCUAGCCUCAGCAAUGGUUUCCGCGACACCAUGUUUGACUAUAAUGAGGCUGAGAUGAGCCAUCGAGACAACUGUAAAGCCCAGAUCCAGAGGCAAAUGGAGAUAGUGGGACGCGAAGUGUCAGGAGAGGAGCUGGAGGAGAUGAUAGAGAAAGGUCAGUUGAACAUCUUUAAUGACAACAUUAUGGCUGAAGGUAAAACGGCUCGAUCAGCUCUGUCACAGAUUGAGAAACGCCACCAAGAGUUGAUUGACCUGGAGUCGCGUAUCCAAGGCAUCCAUGAUAUUUUCCUGGACAUUGCCCUGCUGGUGGAGGAGCAGGGCCCCAUGUUGAACGCCAUCCAAACGAACGUGCAGAAGACGGACGAAGGCAUACAGGAGGCCCUCGUUAAACUCGGCAGGGCAAAACGUCAUGACAAAAACAACCCCUUUAGAAAGAUGUUUUGCAGCUGUUUCCCAUGCGUUGACUAAUGACUGUAAAGUACAAACAGGGGUAGAGUGAUUUGCGAAAUUAAAAUGCUAUCUAGACAAGGAAAAGUUGGGAAUUUCAAGAACGUUUUCUGUAUGUUUCAACUGUACAAACUUCAUAUUGUCAUAAAGUCUUUAUUGUUAUUGCCUGUAGAUUUAAAGAUAAUAAUACAAACCAGGAUUCAAAAUAAAGGUCUGAUGAAGGUUAAAACUAUUGUGUCUAUAUUGAGAGGCAAGGGUAAAAUAUUUAAAUAUUGUAUUUAAGUGAUCCCUUGAUGUCUGUAAUGUUUGAUAUCUCAAAUCCAAAUUCAUUACCCCAUGAUGCAGGUCGGAUAGAGACAUCGAGCAACUAGUAUUUGAAAAUAUUGUUCAUGUUUUAAUGUCUGCUGAUUCCACAUGUCAGGGAUGUAAUCACAUAGAAGAAUGCAAUGACUGCAAUAUGUAAGUUCAUGUAAACUAAUUGUUUCUGAGAUGAUAUUUUCUCAUGUCUGAUGAAGCCUUUUAGCUCAUUAAAUGUGUCACUUCAUCUCAAUUCCUUGGACUUACGGCUGAAAGAAGUUGUAUAGGUUAUUGAUUUUUGAUGAAAUUGUUCAUAUAUUCUGCAUUCUUCUCUAUAUAUAAAUUAUAAAAAUAUUGGGUCAAUAGAAACCAGCCAUUUUGUGUUGCAUGUUGUCCACAUUGCAUAACACUUAUCCCCAUCUCCCAUUAUUCUCAUAUCUUUACUGUACCUGGAUCUGUUACAUUACACUGCUAUUUUAUGAUUGUAAGUACAGUAUGAUAAUACCUUUCUUUUAUGGUGUCAUAUAUUACAUAAAUAGUUAUAUUAAAGAUG